AUGUCGAACCAGGAUCAACACCGCGAUGUAUCCCAGUACAAGUACUCGGCCAUGUCCAACCUGGUUCUCCAGGCGGACCGUCGUUUUGUUUCAAGGCGAAAUGACGAGGCCACGGGCGAUCCUGAGUCUCUCGCUGGAAAGCUGAGUAUUCGCGACAUGGGAGCUCGCGUCGCUCGCGAAAUCGCACCGAAACAAAAGAAGUCAACUGGUCUUACUGGUGUGGAGCGUGGUAGCUUACAGGAAGGCGAGGACGUGCUCGCACGCGAGCAGAAGAAGAAGAAGGGUGAAAAGGCGCAACCGAGAGGUGCUGGUGUCCUGGGAACUGGAGACCUGUUUGUCGAGGGCAUCCGAUAUCGCCCGCGCACACCGGCAACACGAGCGACAUUCGAAUUGAUACUGAAGAUCGUUUCCGACAAUCUUGGUGAUGUCCCCCAAACUGCCGUGAUCAGCGCCGCCGACGUGACUCUGGAGUUUCUGAAGGACGACGAUCUGAAGGAUACAGAGAAAAAGAGGGAAAUCGAUGAUCUUUUGGGUGUUUCAAUGAGCGCCAAGGAAUUCAACGAGCUCGUAAAUCUCGGGAAGAAGGUCACAGACUAUGAUGCGCAAGACGAGGAUGAGGAUAUGGACGACAAUGCAGACGAUGCCGACGGAGCCGAAUUAGACGAAAGACAGGGUGUCGCAGUCGUUUUCGAAGAUUCCGAUGACGAAGAAGCAGGCAUUGUGAACGAAGUCAGGGAAGAGUCCUCCGAGGACGAGGAAGCGGAUGAGGACGAGGACCAAACCGCCGCCGACGCUAACGACGCGGUGGACAUGGAAGACGACGACGCCAUGGUCAUUGACUCGGCCCCUCGGAAGCAAGCACAGGAGUCAAAGCAGGCAAAGAGCGUCUCUGCUAGAGAAAUCGAUGCAUUCUGGCUGCAGCGACAGAUCGGAAAGCUCUAUGCUGAUUCCCAUGAGCAGCACGACAAAACGACAGAUGCGCUGCGUAUUCUCUCCGGCGAGCCAGAUGAGCAGGGUGGUGAGGACAAGUCACUCAGAGAGAUUGAAAACGAUCUCAUGGAGCUCUUUGACUACGAGCACCACGAGCUAGUCCAGCUUCUCAUUGAGAACAGGGAAAAGGUGGUUUGGCUCACUCGCCAUUCAAGGGCCGAGACGGACGAACAGCGAGCUGUCGUGGAGCGGGAGAUGGCUUCUGAAGGUCUUCAAUGGAUCCUCAAUGAGAAGUUUGGAAAGAAGGGCGAUGGCCAAAAAGGACGCAAGAUGGAAAUCAAGAUGGACCUUGACGCCCCGUCAACACUCACAAAUGCUCCUCCUGCAGAAUCCGACCGCCCUCAAGGACUGGUGGGUGGUCUACAACCGCGGAAGCUCAUCAACCUGGAGAACUUGAUUUUCGAUCAGGGCAAUCAUCUCAUGAGUAACCCCAAAGUUAGGUUGCCAGAGGGCUCGACGAAACGAACCUUCAAGGGCUACGAAGAAAUCCACGUCCCUCCACCCAAGAAGCGCAGCGAUGCCAGCGACACCCUGAUCCCCAUCACCGAGAUGCCAGAAUGGUCUCGCCUGCCCUUCGGUACCACCAAGUCCCUCAACAAAAUCCAGUCCAAGUGCUAUCCGACAGCAUUUGGUGACGAUGGCAACAUGCUCAUCUGUGCCCCGACUGGUAGCGGAAAGACGAAUGUAGCGAUGCUCACCAUCCUCCGAGAAAUCGGCAAAAACCGGAAUCCUGAAACUGGCGACAUCGAGCUGGACAACUUCAAGAUCGUGUACAUUGCGCCCUUGAAAGCGCUGGUACAGGAGCAAGUUGGCAAUUUCGGCAAGCGAUUGGAGCCAUAUGGCGUCAAGGUUUCUGAGUUGACUGGUGAUCGCCAGCUCACCAAGGCACAAAUAGCCGAGACCCAAAUUAUUGUCACAACUCCUGAAAAGUGGGACGUCAUCACUAGAAAAGCCACUGAUCUAUCCUACACGAACCUAGUGCGCUUGGUCAUUAUUGAUGAGAUUCAUUUGCUCCAUGACGACCGUGGUCCUGUUCUGGAGAGCAUCGUCAGCAGAACCAUCAGGAAGACUGAGCAGACUGGAGAGCCUGUCCGUCUGGUCGGAUUAUCCGCUACGCUGCCCAACUACAAGGAUGUUGCCAGCUUCUUGCGUGUGGACAUCAGUACUGGUCUCUUCCAUUUCGAUGGCAGCUUCCGUCCUUGUCCCUUACGCCAGGAGUUUAUUGGCGUCACGGAUCGCAAGGCCAUCAAGCAGCUGAAAACUAUGAAUGAUGUCACAUACAACAAGGUCAUCGAGCAUGUAGGAGCGAAGGGGAACCAAAUGCUCAUUUUCGUCCACUCGCGCAAGGAAACUGCCAAGACUGCGCGCUACAUUCGUGACAAGGCUCUGGAGAUGGACACGAUCAACCAGAUUCUUCGUCAUGAUGCAGGGAGUCGCGAGGUUCUCAACGAAGCGGCCAGUCAAGCCACCGACAGUGAUCUCAAGGAUAUUCUGCCUUACGGUUUCGGUAUCCACCACGCUGGUAUGAAUCGUAUCGACCGUACGGAUGUUGAGGACCUCUUCGCCCGUGGUGCUAUUCAAGUCCUUGUCUGUACCGCGACCCUUGCUUGGGGCGUCAACUUGCCAGCGCAUACCGUUAUCAUUAAAGGCACUUCAGUCUACUCCCCAGAAAAAGGUAGCUGGGUUGAGCUGAGCCCUCAAGACGUCCUGCAGAUGCUUGGCCGUGCCGGUCGUCCACAGUACGACACCUACGGCGAGGGUAUCAUCAUCACAACCCAGAACGAGAUCCAGUACUACUUGUCGCUCCUAAAUCAACAAUUACCAAUCGAGAGUCAGUUCGUCAGCAAACUCGUCGACAACCUGAACGCCGAGAUUGUGCUCGGCAACGUCCGCAGUAGAGACGAGGGUGUCGAAUGGCUCGGUUACACCUACUUGUUCGUCCGUAUGCUACGGUCGCCCGGCCUCUACCAAGUUGGUGCGGAAUACGAAGAUGAUGAGGCCUUGGAACAAAAACGAGUCGAUCUGAUUCAUUCCGCUGCUUCAGUGCUUCGGAAGUCAAACCUUAUCAAGUACGACGAGAAGACCGGGAAGCUCCAGGCAACGGAGCUAGGGCGUAUCGCGUCUCAUUACUAUAUCACACACGGCUCCAUGGAGACCUACAAUAACCUUAUCCAACCCUCAAUCACGACCAUCGAGCUGUUCAGGGUAUUUUCCCUGAGUGCAGAGUUCAAAUACAUCCCCGUGCGUCAGGACGAGAAGCUUGAGCUUGCCAAGUUGUUGGGCAGAGUGCCUAUCCCAGUCAAGGAGAGCAUCGAAGAGCCCCACGCGAAGAUCAACGUGUUGCUGCAAGCCUACAUCUCACGACUCAAGUUGGAUGGCCUUGCUCUUAUGGCUGACAUGGUUUACGUCACUCAAUCCGCUGGCCGAAUUCUCCGCGCCAUCUUCGAAAUCACCAUGAAGAAGGGUUGGGCGUCUGUGGCGAAGACCGCAUUGGACCUUUGCAAGAUGGCAGAGAAACGCAUGUGGCCAACCAUGUCGCCACUUCGGCAGUUCCCCAACUGCCCAAGAGACAUUGUGCAGAAGUCCGAGAGAAUCGAGGUGUCUUGGAGCAACUACUUCGACCUUGACCCUCCCCGAAUGGGAGAAUUGCUUGGCAUGCCCAAGGCUGGCAGAACUGUUUGCGGCCUGGUUGCUAAGUUUCCCAGGGUCGAGGUUCAGGCUCAAGUUCAGCCACUAACCAGAUCCAUGCUUAGAGUCGAGCUGAGCAUCGCCCCAAACUUUGAGUGGGAUGCCGAGAUUCACGGCCCAGCGGAAAGUUUCUGGAUCUUCGUCGAGGAUUGCGACGGAGAGGACAUUCUCUUCAGCGACCAAUUCUUGUUGCGCAAGGAGUACGCCGAGUCUGAGUCGAAUGAGCACAUUGUUGACUUUACCGUGCCGAUCACGGAGCCAAUGCCCCCGAACUACUUCAUCUCAGUCGUCUCAGAUCGCUGGAUGCAUUCCGAAACAAGAUUGCCAGUAUCCUUCCACAAACUGAUACUUCCUGAGAGGUUCCCUCCCCACACCGAGCUUCUUGAGCUUCAGCCUUUACCUGUUGUGGCACUGAAGGCCAAGGAGUAUGCAAAGCUGUACCCUGACUGGGACCACUUCAACCGCAUCCAGACGCAAACCUUCAAUUCCCUAUAUAAUACCGACCAGAACGUAUUCGUGGGUGCGCCAACGGGUAGUGGCAAGACAGUAUGUGCAGAGUUUGCUCUACUGCGACACUGGUCUAAAGCAGACGCUGGACGUGCGGUCUACAUCGCUCCGUUCCAAGAGCUGAUCGACUCACGCCUUGACGACUGGCAGAAACGGCUCGGCGGUCUCCGAGGUGGAAAGACAAUCGAGAAGCUCACAGGAGAAACCACCACCGACCUGAAGAUCCUGGAGCGCAGUGACCUGAUUCUUGCGACUCCCAUCCAGUGGGAUGUGCUGUCCCGCCAGUGGAAGCGCAGGAAGAACGUUUCCACCGUCGAGCUUUUUAUUGCAGACGAGGUUCAUCUGCUCGGCAACAAUAUGGGAUAUGUCUAUGAAAUCAUUAUUUCGCGGAUGCACUACAUCCGAACCCAGACUGAGCUGCCGAUGAGAAUCAUUGCCCUUGGUGUUUCCUUAGCCAAUGCUCGCGACCUCGGCGAGUGGAUCGACGCGAAGAAGCACGAUAUCUACAACUUCAGCCCGCACGUCCGCCCUGUACCCCUCGAACUCCACAUCCAGUCUUACACCAACCCUCACUUCCCUUCCCUGAUGCUGUCCAUGGCGAAGCCGACGUACUUGGCCAUCACGCAGAUGUCCGCUGACAAGCCCGCUAUCGUGUUUGUGCCAAGUCGGAAGCAAACGCGAGCGACCACACGCGAUCUUCUGACUGCUGCCUUCAUGGAUGACGACGAAGAUCGUUUCCUGCACGCUGAGGUAGAGCAGAUGCGGCCCCUUCUUGACCGUAUCAGUGAGGAAGCGCUGGCCGAGGCUCUUUCUCACGGCGUGGGUUAUUACCACGAGGCUUUGAGUCAGAGUGACAAGCGCAUUGUCAAGCACUUGUACGAGCACGGAGCCAUCCAAGUACUCGUUGCUUCUCGUGACGUUUGCUGGGAGCUCAACAGCACUGCUCACCUUGUCAUCAUCAUGGGCACACAAUACUUCGAGGGCCGUGAGCAUCGCUAUGUUGAUUACUCCUUGAGCGAAGUCUUGCAUAUGUUCGGCAAGGCACUUCGACCUUCGAAGGACGGUAGAGGUCGAGGUGUUCUGAUGCUUCCAGCGGCGAAGAGGGAAUUCUACAAGAAGUUCUUGAACGAGGCUCUCCCUGUCGAAUCACACCUCCACAACUACCUUCAUGAUGCCUUCGUUACCGAGAUCAGCACAAAGAUGAUUGAGUCUGGUGACGAUGCUAUCAACUGGACAACAUUCACCUACUUCUACAGACGCCUCCUGGCCAACCCCAGCUUCUACAGUUUGACCAGCACUACUCAGGAUGGUCUCAGUGAUUACAUGUCUGAUCUCAUCCAAACCACCCUGCAAGAGCUGAGCGACUCCAAGAUCAUUGAGCUCGACGAGGACGAUGGUUCAGUCGCGCCGCAGAACGCGGCAAUGAUUGCUGCGUACUACAACAUCUCCUACAUCACUAUGCAGACAUUCCUCUUGUCUCUUAGCGCCAAGACCAAGCUCAAGGGUGUCUUGGAAAUCAUCACGUCGGCUACCGAGUUCGAAGCCAUCCAAAUCAGGAGGCACGAGGAAGGCAUUCUCCGCCGCAUCUACGACCGUAUUCCCGUCAAGAUGGCGGAGCCUGUAUAUGACUCGGCCCAUUUCAAGGCCUUUGUCCUCCUGCAAGCACAUUUCUCGCGAAUGCAGCUGCCGAUUGAUUUGGCCAAGGACCAAGAAGUCAUCAUUUCCAAGGUCCUCAGCCUCCUGAGUGCUACGGUCGAUAUUCUCUCAUCCGAUGGUCACAUUAACGCCAUGAACGCUAUGGAAAUGUCACAGAUGGUCGUGCAGGCAAUGUGGGAUCGCGAUAGUCCCUUGAAGCAGAUUCCUCACUUCUCACCCGAGGUUGUGAAGGUGGCAAACGAAUUCGGCGUCAAGGAUAUUUUCGACUUCAUGGAAGCCAUGAACCCCGAAGAGAAUCCAGAUUACGCUAAACUGGUCAAGCGUCUCGGCCUCUCACAGAAGCAGUUGGGUGAGGCUGCCGCCUUCACCAAUGACAAAUAUCCCGACAUUGAGCUUGAGCACACUGUCUUGGACGAGGACGAUAUCCGGGCCAACGAGCCAGCGUAUCUUAGUGUGCAGAUUCAAAGACAAGUGGACGAGGAUGAGGAGUUUGACCCGACUGUGCACGCGCCGUUCUACCCAGCCAAGAAGUUGGAGAACUGGUGGCUUGUGAUCGGGGAGCAGACGACAACGAACUUGCUUGCCAUCAAACGUGUUACGAUUGGACGCGAGCUCAAAGUCAAGGUUGAAUUUACGGUGCCGGCAGCUGGUAAGCACGACCUGAAGCUGUUCCUAAUGAGCGACAGCUACGUCGGAGUGGACCAAGAGCGCGAAUUUUCCGUUACGGCCGCGGAGGGUAUGGACGUGGACGACAGCGAAGAGGAAGAGGACGACGAAUAG